CCUGCAUUGAGUCUGAGCUCCUAAGACUCAGGAGUUGGUGCUGGACCUUGCCCUAUCCAGAGCUGAAGGGCUGGCCACAACCUGGUGGCACCUUCCCAGCCAGAGGACUGCUCAGGGACCCCUAGGGCUGAGGGAGGGGCAGUGGAGCCCGCCCCAACCCCCAACCACCUGGGAAAAGGAAGCAGAAAAAAGAGAAACAGCAGCAGUCACCACACUUCCUCCACAUCUCACUCUUGGGACAUUACUGACUGGCAGAAAGCAGCCACACAGGAGCCGCAGAGGAGGAGCUUUGGGCCACAGCCUAAUAACACGGAGGAUUUAGCAGCAGCCACCAUGGGUUCUGUGAAUUCCCGAGGUCACAAGGUGGAAGCCCAGGUGGUUAUGAUGGGCCUCGACUCAGCCGGCAAGACCACGCUCCUGUACAAACUGAAGGGCGACCAGCUGGUGGAGACCCUGCCCACCAUCGGUUUCAAUGUGGAGCCUCUUGAAGCCCCAGGGCAUGUGUCUCUGACUCUCUGGGAUGUCGGGGGGCAGACUCAGCUCAGAGCCAACUGGAAGGACUACCUAGAAGGCACGGACAUCCUUGUGUAUGUGCUGGAUAGCACAGAUGAAGCCCGGUUGCCCGAGGCCGUGGCUGAGCUCAUGGAAGUCCUAGACAACCCCAGCAUGGCUGGUGUUCCUUUCUUGGUGCUGGCUAACAAGCAGGAGGCACCUGAUGCUCUGCCGCUGCUUGAGAUCAGAGACAGGCUGGGCCUGGAGAGAUUCCAGGACCGCUGCUGGGAGCUCCGGGCCUGCAGCGCCCUCACUGGCCAGGGGCUGCCUGAGGCCCUGCAGAGCCUGAGGAGCCUCCUGAAGUCCCGCAGGCGGUGUGUCUCCAGGUGAGCGCAGGUAGGGCAGGGACUGGGGAGAGCAGGAAGUCUUGACCUGCACAAAGCAGCUUAUCUUCGUUCGUCUGAACUGGAAGAACCAGCCAACCCUUCAGAAUCUUAAACUCAGUUUAUCAAACAAGAAAUCCUUCUGCUCUUGGACAAGAUGUUUUCUUUUUGGGACUUUUGGCACUGGUGUUUAUGUUGAAAACCAACUAUUCUUUGAAUGAUACUCUAAGGAUAAAAAUAUACCUCAACCAACUUCAUUUAAUAACUCAUUACUAAGUGUGACCAGAGCAAUUGUAAUAAUAGAGUGACAAGUGGCUGUGUAACAUUAAUACCUAAAUUCACGGAGGGAAAGAGGUUUCAAAAUCCGAUGAGAAUAUGGUCUGGACGUGGUCCUGAUCUUACGAGCAAUUUUCCCUAGUAGUCCCUGGGCACGUGCCUUAACGGCUCUGAGUGCAAGCAGCCAGGGCCGGCAGGAUUGAGCCAGCAAGGCUGCUCCCACAGAAUCUUGGGUUUAGAAGUUCACUGGGGCGCUCAGCCAGGGGUUCGGGCCUUCCAAAAUUUAUCCUCGUCUCCAAUCCCAUGUAACUAUUCUCUACCCUUUUGUCAUCUUGUGUUGGUCUUUUUCUAAAACGCUUCAUUUUUUAAUUUCUUUUUUCCUUCUCUUUUUCCUUCUUGUAGCACAUAUGUUUCCAUAAA